AUGGCAUUCCAUAGCUACAGAGAUGUGUCUGCUAGACGUGAAGUGCUCUACGUUGGCGGCGAAUAUACUACAAACAUUGACGGAACACCUGCCCAAUACAUGACCGGCCAGAUAUACGUGGAGAAGCUCACACCAUCGACUGAAUCCUCAAAAUGCCCCAUCGUGUUCAUCGCUGGUGCAGGCCAAACCGGGACGAACUGGCUACAUACACCGGAUGGCCGACCAGGUUGGGCCCACUUCUUUCUAGGGCACGGUUAUACUGUAUACCUGACAGAUCAACCAUCUCGCGGUCGAUCUGCUCGGCAUCCAUCUAUCGGAAAGAUGCGCGCCCUUAGCACCUCUGUUGUCGAAUCCUCAUUCACAGCUAUCUCCUCUCAUAACAAUUGGCCGCAAUCGAAGCUGCACACCCAGUGGCCCGGAAUUGGCAAGGUUGGAGAUCCUGUUUUCGACGCGUUCUAUGCUUCACAGGUUCCCAUGCGAGUGGACAAGUUGGCAGCGGAGAACGAGAAUGCGAAAGCAUACUCAGCGUUGCUGGACCGCAUAGGCGAAGCGUACCUCAUCACGCAUAGCCAGGCUGGGCCGUACGGAUGGCGCAUUGGCGAUGCGAGACCACAACUCGUCAAAGGUAUCGUGGCGUUGGAACCGCGUGGACCUCCAUGUGAAACGAGUUACCCAUUUCCAGGACAAAGGAUUGCCUUUGGCAUCGCGGAUGGAGAGCUCGAAUACGAUCCGCCAGCGGGGCCGAAUGGCGAGCACCUCAAAACUGUCAAGGUGCCUGCAAAAAGCGCGAAUCAUGACGAAUGUACACUGCAGGCUGACCCGCCAAAGAAACUAAAGAACCUAUCUAGUAUACCUGUCCUGGUCGUCACUUCAGAAGCAAGUUUCCACGCCCUAUUUGACUACAAUACUGUACUCUAUCUGGAACAAGCUGGGGUGAAUGUGGAGCACGCAGAUCUGCCUGCAGAAGGUAUCAGAGGAAAUGGACACAUGUUCUUCAUGGAGCUCAACAACAUGGUCAUUGCGGAAAGAAUUUUGACCUGGCUCACGAAGCAUUAG